CUGUCUCAUUGACUGUUAGUCGUUGAGUAUGUUGACAAGAUGGAGUUCUUGCUGGGAAACCCAUAUAGUACUCCGGUGGGACAGUGCAUUGAAAGGGCCACAGAUGGCUCACUACAAAGUGAAGACUGGACCUUGAAUAUGGAAAUAUGUGACAUAAUCAAUGAAACAGAAGAUGGGCCUAAGGAUGCUAUAAGAGCUGUUAAGAAGAAGCUUAAUGGGAAUAAAAACUACAGGGAGGUGAUGCUUACGCUGACGGUUCUUGAGACAUGUGUAAAGAACUGUGGGUACCGGUUCCAUGCGCUCGUCACGACCCGGGACUUCAUUGAUGGCGUUUUAGUGAAAAUCAUAUCUCCUAAAAAUAACCCACCUGCCAUAGUGCAGGACAAAGUACUAGCUUUGAUACAGGCGUGGGCAGAUGCCUUCAGAAGUAGUCCAGAUUUGACUGGAGUAGUCCACGUCUACGAAGAAAUGAAGAGGAAGGGUAUAGAGUUUCCUCGAUCUGACUUGGAGACCUUGUCCCCCAUUCACACACCACAACGGCAGCAAAGUGCUCCAGAGUUGGACCAGCAGAAAUAUAACGACCCAGUCCAGCCCAAGCCACAGCCUCACCCUGCCUCCGCUCCUCCUUUCUCUGCCCCUGUGACCCACACUUCCCCACAGAUGCCCAAUCUGCACAUGUCUGGGCCCAUCAACCCUUCCCCUGAACAGAUUUGCAAGCUGCGCAGUGAGCUCGAUAUUGUGCGCGGGAACACUAAGGUGAUGUCAGAGAUGUUGACCGAGAUGGUUCCUGGUCAAGAGGAUCCAUCUGAUCAUGAGCUUCUGCAGGAGUUAAACAGAACAUGCAGGGCCAUGCAGCAGAGGAUAGUUGAGCUCAUCUCACGUGUGUCCAAUGAGGAAGUCACAGAGGAGCUCCUGCAUGUCAACGAUGACCUCAACAACAUCUUUCUACGAUAUGAGAGAUAUGAAAGAUUCCGAUCUGGCCGAACUGCUCAAGGCGUAAACAACGGGCUGAGGGAGGUCCUGAAUGAGGCGACAGAAGAUAACCUGAUUGAUCUGGGACCAGGGUCUCCUGCAGUGGUCAGCCCCAGGAUCAGUGCUACUCCUCCGUCCAGCUUGCCUCCCUCUGUGGCUCCGAUUCGCUCCGCCUCACCAGUCACUCUCUCCUCCAGACUGGCUGGUUUGGAUGUCGGUUCCGACAGUGUGAGUGGCACCUUGACCUCUUUGACUACCUGUCAACCCCAAGAUGACUUUGACACAUUUGCCCAGACCAGGACUGGCACCAUACCUGAGAGGAAGAAUGCACCAUUCGAAGACACAAAGGCUUCAAGUGGAGUGGCCCCGACUUUGGAUGUCAGACAACACACUGGGGCAGCUCUUGACCAGUCCUCUGUCAUGGAUGACAUUGAGGAGUGGCUCUGUACUGAUGUGAAAGGAGAUGGAGAAGAGGGUGUGACAAGUGAAGAGUUUGACAAGUUUCUGGAGGAGAGAGCCAAAGCAGCAGAGAUGGUGCCCACGCUGCCGACACCCCCGAGUGAUGAGCUUUCUGCUGCCGCCGGCACUUCUGCAAAUGCGAGUAAAAAGGCAGGCAGGUCCGAGGACUCUGUCUUUGCCUUGUAGAUAAGUGUCUGAUCCUAUGGGGCGGCCCAGCACUGCUCAUGCGGCAGUGAUGGGUCAGCCGCUUUGCAGAUCCAUCGGCGUCUCCUCUUUCUCUCCUGCUUCCUGCUUCUCCAGCACAAUCAACACUACCACAGCUGAAGUGAUCAAAACUGUUUCAUGAUCUAGACAUUUUCAUAAUGGACAUUUUCAUACUCUACCAAGUUUUCAUUCCAUUGAAAAUACUGUAUAAGAUCCACUCAUAACUCCCUCUAAAAAUAUACCUUUCCUUGUGGGUUCGAGAGAUCGGUGUCUAUUUUUUUUAAUUGAUGUUUGUGGUAUAAAGCAAGAAAGUUCUUGCAAUGUCUACUACCAGAUCCGGUCAUGUCUAACUUUGCGUUCACUGUGGUCCUGCAUGCAACAGCUGGAUAAUCCAAUUUCUCUUUCCUCAUUAAUUAUCUGUAAAGGGAGCUAAUAAUUGUUUUUUCCUCUUCUUUUUUUUUUUUUAGUUUUAUUUACCUGUUGGUUUGCUUUAAAGGGAUGUUAUACAUAGGAUUAUUUAUUAUAAAAUUUCCAAUUAAUACCUCUGACAAGAUGAAAGCUGAUGGUAGCAGUUCAGCUGGCAAAUUUUAAGAUUGUGUCAUAUUAUCAGAAAUUAGUACCAGUUAUUGAAUGAGACAUAACUAUUAGAGAGGGAAGUUUUAAGCAUAGUCGGUAUUUAUUCGAAUUAUAACACAUUUUGCUUAAAAGUGACAGAAGUGACGUGUCUGUACCACAUCUCUUAACUACAAAGGUCACAUCAGAGGGAAAAUGAUAUUAUUAAUAUUUCACUGGAUACUUUUAAAUGCUAUUUUACUUGGCAAAACCAUUGCCUAUUAGAAAGGAUUAAUAGGAACAAAAAGUAUGUAUUUCAAUUUAAUUUGCACUGAAAGAAUUAUUCGCCUUUCGGCUGUGUUAAAAGCGCUUUUGUCCAAAUACAAAAUUUAAGCUGGCGUUCAUUUCAGCGCUGUCUAUUACGAGGCCGAAAACAAAUGGAGUUUCCAGAGAACUGAUGGUGACUGCGAGGCAGUUUAAAUUGGAUUUUACGUUGCACAACUGCAGCAGAAGUGGUGUCGAGCUUAAUGUUAUUACUGAGAAUGAAAUGGAUCUGCCUUAAAGAACUGGUUGUAGGUAGUUUAAGGUGUAGUCCACUAAUGGUCAUUUAACGUUUGGUACUCUCAUGUUUGCACAUCAGAGAUUUGAUUUAGUGAGGUGAAUGUGCUGAUGUAAUAUCUGUUUGCGUGCUGUGUCUCGCUGUUGUGUACAUACUGUUUUGACGGACCAAAUGUUUAACCGUGGCAAAUAAUUUAAACGUAGAGUCAACUAACUUCAGACAUAUAUUGCUUUUAACGUCCAGAGGAGUUUUAGUUGUUUCAGUGUUUCCCAUACAUUGAUUUAUUUGUGGCGGCCCGCCACAAAUAGAUUUUUCA